ACCUGAAACAAUGCAAAAACAAUAUAAAUGUUACUUGCUUUCAGUAAAUAACUCGUGAAAUUUUUGUUGUUGUAUACAACACAUGAACUUCGCAUUUACUAAAUUUUAGCAGAAUAAUUUGCCAUAGUGUUUCGCCUUUUUUUUAUUUUAAGCAGCUGUGUCGGCCGGGUAGAACUGGUAGUUGUUCGGUGCUGUGUGCGCGCGAGUGAAGCUAGUCGCAGAACAGCUACCAGCCCCGUGGUAUAAAGUGAAGGGAUUUUUUUACAGCGAUACCGUGGACGUCAAUAACUCUGAUAGGUCUCAGAGCGGAUUCAGAGCGGGACCGGCCUUCCUGAGAGAGAGAUCUUUUGUCGGCAGAAAAAACACUUCCUCAUCAGAGAAAAGUUUAUUUUCCCGAUGGAGGCCAGUCUCCAGUUGAAAAGUUAGAAAAAUUUCUGCGUGCACUUAGCUGAGCUGACGGUGGACCCACAGUGCCCGUUCGCCAUACGUCAGUUGGCUUCGGUGCUCCUAAAGCAGUAUGUGGACACACACUGGUCCCGCAAUUCGGAGAAAUUCCGUCAACCAGAAGCGACGGACGAGGCCAAGGCGACCAUUCGGAAUCUCCUCCCCCUGGGGCUGAAGGAGUCGCUGAGCAAGCUGCGCUCAAGUGUGGCCUAUGCUAUCUCGGCCAUUGCUCAUUGGGACUGGCCCGAGGCAUGGCCGCAGCUUUUCGAGAUACUCAUGCAGGCGCUGAUGAGCGGCGACUCGAACACCGUCCAUGGCGCAAUGAGAGUUCUCACAGAGUUUUCUCGAGACAUUACAGAUAACCAGAUGUUCCAAGUGGCUCCUGUAGUGCUUCCAGAGAUGUACAAGAUCUUCACUCAGCCUCAGAAAUACGGCAUACGGACUCGUGGACGAGCUGUGGAAAUUUUUUCUACGUGCGCCCAAAUCAUUGCUACCAUGGGUCAUACGGACAAGAGCACGACCAAGACGCUUCUUUACCCGAUUUUGCCCCAAUUCACUGAGGCUUUCGUCGAGGCAUUGAAGAUACCUGAUGGCCCCACGUCGGACUGUGGCAUCAAAAAAGAGAUAUUAAAGGCAUUGACAGUUUUAGUAAAGUACGAACCCAAGCAGAUGUCGACCUGGCUUCCACACAUCUUGACGCCCGUAUGGAAUUCGCUCACAGAAAGUGCACACAUAUACGUGAGGACAGCCGUCAACGAUUCGGAAGAAGCUAAUGAUCCUGUAGACUCCGACGGCGAAGUCCUUGGCUUUGAAAACGUAGUCUUCAUGAUAUUUGAUUUUGUGAAUGCGCUUGUCGAAACACCGAGGUUUCAUGGCCUUGUCAAGAAGGGGCUGUCCGACCUGAUCUACUACAUAGUGUUCUACAUGCAAAUCACAGAAGAACAGGUUCGCACCUGGACGAGCAGUCCGGACCGAUUUGUCGAAGACGAGGAUGACGACACAUUCUCGUACUCUGUUCGAAUAUCAGCUCAAGACUUGCUUACGGUUUUAUUUCUGGAAUAUGAAGAUGAGAGUUCUCGGGGCCUGAGUGAGGCAGUUGCUAAGCAUCUUCAAGAAAGCAAUGCUGCGCGAGCCAGUGGAGACCGCAACUGGUGGAAAAUUCACGAGUCGUGCAUGCUUGCCCUUGGGAACUGCCAAGAUGCAUUUGUUCAGGGCGCCCCAGGUCACCAAAUAUUUGACAUUAGAGGCUUUCUUGAGUCGGUGGCACUGCCAGAUCUAAACACAACUGAUUCUCCAUUCUUGAUUGGUCGCUGUCUGUGGGUGGCAAGCAAAUAUGUCGCUUUCCAGACACCGGAAAUGACACAGAGGUUCCUCCAAAUGACUGUUGAGUGCCUGCAGCAGACGCAGUCGGCCACGUUACGAGUGUCCGCGGUUCGAGCGAUGUGGGGGUUCUGCGGGCACCUCAACAACCACAACCAGUCGAGCCAGCUCGCGCCGUUUCUGGCUCCCUUCACCGACGGGCUCAUAUCGCUGUCAACGCAAUUCUCUUCUGACGUUCUAGCCUUGGCCAUUGAGGCUUUGUCCGUUGUGAUUACAGUCGACCCGCAAUUCACGCAAACCGUCGAGAACAGGGUGUCGCCGCUUGCCAUUGCAGUGUUCCUGAAGUACAACAGUGACCCUAUCCUGGUGUCGAUAUGCCAGGACAUCUUCAAAGAGCUCUGCCGCAACCCCCUCUGCUGUGGAGCGUUGCAGCAGCGGUUGCUCCCGACAAUAAUCUCGAUCCUCCAAGCAUCCCUGGACAAGAUACCAUCUGGUCUGCAGGCUGUCUCCCUUGACGUUCUCCAGACGAUUGUCCGUAGCAGUGCGCCACCGCUUGCGGAACCCCUCAUCACGCAGGCAUUUCCCACGGUGGUACAGUGCGUCAUGCUCACGGACGACAAUGCAACGUUGCAGAAUGGUGGAGAGUGCAUCCGGGCGUAUGUGUCAGUUGCAUAUGACCAGGUUGCUGCCUGGAGGGAUGAACAGGGUCAAACGGGGCUUUACUACAUUGUCAAGGUUGCUCAACACCUGUUGGACCCCAAGACACCAGAGUCUGCAGCCAUGUUUGUGGGCCGACUGGUGUCAGCGGUCAUCUCGAAAGCGGGCCUCUCCCUGGGUGACGGCACUGAGCUGCUGCUCCGGGCAGUCCUCAGCAAGCUUCAGCAGAGCGAGACGCUAUCCGUGAUUCAGAGUUUGGUGCUGGUGUUUGCACAUCUUGUGCACACCCAGAUGUCGGCAGUCCUCGACUUUCUUUCGGGUGUACCGGGACCGACGGGCCAGUCGGCACUAGCGUUCGUCCUCGCGGAGUGGUGCUCUAGGCAGGCACUUUUUUAUGGAACGUACGAGACCAAAGUCAGCAUACUGGCAUUAUGCAAGCUUCUGGAGCAUGGAAUUCAGACUAACGACUCUCGUCUGGUGAGCAUCAACGUCAAAGGGGACCGGGUGAUCAAUGCGAACGAAGGCAUCCGGACAAGGUCCAAGAGUGCUGCUAAUCCAGACCAGUGGACAGAGAUUCCAGUCUUGGUGAAGAUUUACAAACUUAUGAUUCACGAGCUGAGCAACUGUCUCGACCAUGCAACGGCUCACAAGGAUGAGGAUGAAUCUGAGGAUGAAGAAUGGGAGGAAGAAGGCGAUAUGGAAGGAGAUGCCCAGGAGAACAUCAUGCGGAACUUUGCCCCUGCCUCGGACUAUGCAGUGUUCGACCCAGACGAUGACGAUGACAGCGACGACCCCGACGCCAUGGCCGACCCCAUUUCGCGCGUGGACGUGCAGUCGUGCCUUGUCCAGUUCCUCGCCGGGCUUUCCCGGCAGCCAUUCUACGGCAAGUUUUCUGAGCACCACACCCCUCAGGAGCUGCAGGUUCUUCAGAGCGCCGGUGUACUGGCGUGACAAGUGGAACCGCCGUCAUCGCCUCCGUCUCCGCGUCAUCCCUGACUUUCUCCAGUUCCUCGUACCCUCUUGUUUUGGAACUGGGAAGUGGCACAAGUUCUGCAUCGUGCCCCUCUCUUCAUAUGCCUUCAGUAGUGUGUACAUAUGACCCAGUCGAGGUGUACAGUAGCUUGACGACCGCCUGGUUUGUGGUUGUAACGCUUAGGUUGGUUGCAGCUAUUCCAUUUGGUGGCGAUUAUUUGCGGUGUGUGCUGCUGAGUGAAUCAAAAGUAUCGACAGCGUGAGCUGGGCGGAGUGCGAUGUCACCUGUGCACCGACGUGCGACUCACGAUGACUCCGCAAGCGUGUUGUGUCACUCCGCCUGUCCAAAGAUUGCGUGUGAUGUGAAACCAUUUGUAGGCGUUCGCUCAAUCAGAUGUGAAUGCUUACAGAGACACAGAGAAGCCGUCACUUAGCCUUUGCUGCUUGGAUCAGGUUUCGUAAUUCAAGUCCGCUAUACUGAAGCAUGUUGAUUUUCUUGAUGUCUGUGCAGCUCACUUUAAAGCUCUCUGUAGAGUGUGAGCAAGCAUAUUUGCAUAAUUCGGUAACCACUAAUAAUAAUACUAAUAAUCUAAUUUCCACCAAUACAGUGGUAAGGUGUUUCUAUUUGUGCUAUUGGUUAUUUUAAUUUUUUACAGCAAGCAUAAUUGAGCAAGCUUUUAUGAUGAAUGGCGUUCACUAAUCAACCUGCUGGAAUUGAAAUAGAUGCUGCGCUUCCUACAUUUGUGACAGAAUGUGUAUACAGUUAAACCUGCUUAUAACGAACCUUCAUAAAACGAAUUCCUGGAUAUAACGAAGUUUUUCUAUUCCCCGCUAUCGCUCCAUAGGAGCACAUGUAUUUGUGACCUCUAUGUAACAAAGUAACUGCGGGAGGCAAUUUUGAUAAAACGAAUUUUCCCCACGGACAA